UAAAAGCAUGGGGAGAUUCCACAAGUUCACAAUUCUUCUGUGGAAGAAUUUUAUUAUGAUGAAGCGGGUUUGGUACCCUAUAGUCAUGGAGCUUGCUCUGUCAUUGGUGUGCACUUCAUUUAUUUUGAUUCUUCGUUCUGUUUCCUAUGAAGUUUCUUUUAACUCUUAUAAUUACCCUGUUCUGCACAUCAAUAAACUUCCCACAUAUUUUGAAAGCAGCCGAAUGAACAACACAUUGGAACUGGUUUACGUGCCUUCCACAAGUGAUGCAGUGAAGACUGUCAUUGACAACAUGCAAAAAACUUUGGGUACUGCUAUGAGAGUUCGAGGCUUUCUUUCCGAAUUUGAUUUUGAAGAUUACAUCAAGAUUGAUAGUAAAUCAUCUAAGGUACUGGCUGCUAUUGUUUUUCAUCAUAACUUUGGUGACAUUGAAGACUCUCUUCCCCUUCAGGUUAGCUACUCCCUACGAUUCAGUCCUGCUCAAAGGAAUUCCUUUGAAAUGAUGCCAAGUGAAGAUAAGGAAGGUUGGCUGACAGAUAAUCUUUUUCCACCUAUAUCACAAAGAAGACCCAGAAAUUACCUAUCAAAGGAUGGGGGACAGCCUGGGUAUUUCGUUGAAGGUUUCCUGGCUGUACAGCAUGCUGUGGAUAAAGCCAUAAUACAGUACCAUAGAAGAAAUACUGUGAAAGACAAGUCUAAUAUCACUCCUCUUGUUUUUGUAAAGAGAUUUCCACUCCCAUCUAUGAUUAUUGAUGACUUCUACAAUAUUCUCCACUUAAUUUUUCCCUUUUCAAUUUUAUUAGUUUUCUCUACUACUGUAAUCAAUGCAGUCCAUUCUGUUGUGUCAGAAAAGCAAAACAAUUCCAAGGAAUAUCUUCGCAUUAUGGGACUUAGUAAUUUUUUGCUCUGGAGUUCUUAUUUUUUUGUAUUCUUCAUGCAUUUUCUUCUCAUUGUCCUUUUCCUGAUUGUGCUCCUCUUUGCCAAGAUUGUACACCUGCCAGUAAUCCGCUACAGUGAUAUGUCUUUGGUGUUUGUCUUUCUGAUGUGUUUCGCCAUUGUUUCCAUAAUCUUCAGCUUCAUGCUCAGCACAUUCUUCAGCAAAACAAAAAUGAUCUCUUCUGUAGGAUUUUUGGUCUAUUUCAUAUCCUACCUCCCACAUAUUUUCGUCCAAAGUAAAUACAAGCAAUUGGCUCUCAGCCAAAAGCUGCUUUCCUGUCUCUUUUCAAAUGUUGCAAUGAAUUUGGGGAUUAAACUACUCAUCAAAUCUGAAAUUAAAGGGACUGGGCUUCAUUGGGAAGGACUUAGGCAGCCAGUUACCACUGAUGAUGAUUUAUGCUUUGAAUAUAUAUUGGAAAUGCUAUUGUUUGACUCUUUUAUCUAUGCCAUGGUGACCUGGUAUAUGGAAGCUGUUUUUCCGGGGCAAUAUGGAAUCCCCCAGCCCUGGAAUUUUUUCUUGAAGCCCUCCCACUGGUUUGGGACUUCAAAAUGUAUCACAGCUGUAGAGGACAACUUCAAAGAAGAUCUAAAAAAUGAAUAUAUUGAGAAUGAGCCUAUAGGAUUAGUGCCUGGGAUCCAGAUAAGACACCUGUGCAAGGUAUUCACCAAAGGGUACACUACCAAAACAGCAGUAAAAGACCUGACUCUGAACUUCUUUGAGGGACAGGUCAGUGUCCUCCUAGGACAUAAUGGAGCAGGGAAAACCACCAUCCUGUCAAUGCUCACAGGUAUGUUUCCUCCAACAAGUGGAGAGGCAUAUAUCUAUGGAUAUGCAGUUUCAAAGAACAUUGUUCAGAUUCGGAAGAGCUUGGGUUUUUGUCCCCAGUAUGAUAUUUUAUUUGAUUACAUGACAGUAUCUGAGCACCUUUACUUCUAUGCUCAGCUGAAAGGAUUGACUAAGCAGGAAUGCCAUAAGGAAAUAGUUGAUAUUUUAAACACUUUGAAUUUGGGAGAAAAGCAUAAUACACUCUCAAAGUCACUGAGUAGAGGAACGAAGCGCAAGCUCUCCAUUUGCAUUGCACUCAUAGGAAACUCCAAGGUGGUUAUUCUGGAUGAGCCAACAUCUGGCAUGGACCCCAUCUCAAGGAGGGUCACCUGGAAUCUCAUUCAGCAGUGCAAAAGAGGGUGCACCAUCCUGCUGACCACCCACUACAUGGAUGAAGCUGACCUCCUGGGUGACCGCAUUGCCAUCAUGGCCAACGGGACUCUGCAAUGCUGUGGUUCUUCACUCUUCCUCAAGCAGAAAUAUGGUGCUGGAUACCACAUGAUCAUAGUAAAGAAUUCUAACUGUAAGGUUGAAAAGAUUUCCCAUAUUGUUCAUCAAUUUGUACCAAGUGCUACUUUGGAGAGCAACUCUGAAGCUGAAUUAUCUUUUAUGCUGCCCAAAGAAAGUACAAAGAGGUUUGAAGCUUUGUUUACUGAACUAGAAAGGGAAGAAAAAGAGCUGGGAAUUGCGAGCUAUGGAAUUUCUGUCACUACAAUGGAAGAAGUCUUCUUAAGGGUUGGCGAACUGGUUGAUUUAAAGAUGGAUCUUCAGGACUUCCAGAAGCUUUCUUCUUUAUCAGACCAGCAAGCAGAGAACAAAGAAGAAAUUGUACAUGGUGGGGGAAAGGAAUCGAAUUACCUUUUUAACACCUUACCCAUGCAUGAUCUCUCUAGUAUGACAUUCAACACUGGGUGUACUCUUUACUGCCAGCAGUUCUAUGCCAUGUUUGUAAAAAAGGCUGUGUACAGUUGGCGCCACUGGAAGAUGACCUUGAUAUACAUAUUGGUACCUCUCCUGUAUGUUUCCUUACUGCUCGGUAUCUUUCGCUCUCCAGUUCUUAAGGAUGACCCAGCCUUGAAUUUGGUUUUGAGUUCAUAUGGUAAAACCAUUGUGCCCUUUUCUAUCUCUGGAAAUUCAUCUGUGACCCAGGAAAUUUUAAAAUACAUUAAAGCUGUGUUGACAGAUAAGGGACAGAUCCUCAAAGAAGUAAAAGGUAACCUAGAAGAGUUCCUGGGGGAAAGUAGAAGCUGUGUUGAACACUGUAUAGUUGCGUUUUCCAUUGAAGUCAAUAAAUCCACUAUUGUUGCCACUGCUCUGUUCAACAAUCAGGCAUACCAUUCACCUGCAACAUCCCUAGCAGUGGUGGAUAAUAUCCUAUUUAUGUUAUUUUGUGGCCCCAAAGCCUCUCUUGAAGUCUUCAACAAACCUCAGCCUCACAGAGCCACCGACUCUCCAAAAGAAUCUUUAGGUUUUUCUCAUGGAUAUGAGAUUGCCUUUAUUUUAAUAUUUGGCAUAGCUACCUUGCCAAGUAGUUUUUCUCAACAACCAGUCACUGAAAGAGUCAUUGGAGCAAAGCACAUCCAGUUUGUGAGUGGUGUGUAUGUCCUAAGUUUCUGGUUGUCUGCAUUGAUAUGGGAUAUCAUCAGCUUCUUUAUUCUCUAUUUACUUUUGCUGGGAUUAUUCAGAGCCCAUGAUUUGAAAUAUUUUUUUGAAGACAUAUACUCUUUGAAUGUCUUACUUAUAUUCAUGUUAUAUGGAUGGUCCAUCAUUCCCCUCACGUACCUGAUGAGUUUCUUCUUCUCACGAGGUCCAAGUGCAGAAUUCGGCCUUUUCCUAUUCAAUAUAUUUUCUGGAUUGGUCAGCAUGCCCAUUGUCUUCAUGAUAGACAACAAAGUGUUCGAUUUGGGAGUUUACUCAGAAAUUGUGACCAAUUCGUUCCUGCUGCUUCCCAGUUAUACUUUCGGGAUGUCUGUCCAAGGAUUUUUUGAAAAUUUCAAGGCCAAGAAGUUCUGUGCCAUUUCUCAGUCCAUUAAUUGCCAAGGUAAGUGUGCUGAGACUAAUUUCUAUUCAUGGAACGGUGAUGGGAUUGGAAAGUUUCUGGUUGCCAUGGCUGCCUCAGGCUUCUUUUAUCUCCUCUUGCUUUGUUUGAUUGAAAUAUAUGUUUGGAAACUAAGAAACCAUUGCACUCACUUCCUUUUCUCUGGUUACCUGAUGUGGCAACAUAUACGUAAGGAUCUAGGGUUGAGCCAGAAAAAGGAGCAGAGAUUUGAAGUACCAGAGAUUUCUGAAGAUGAAGAUGUGGCAAAUGAGAAGAAGAAAAUCCGAGAAUACCCUUCAGAGAGGCUGUUAUCUUUGGACAGACCACUAAUUAUUAAGAAUCUCCUAAAGGUGUAUUUUAAGUGGUUACCUUUCCUGGCUGUGGAUAGACUCUGUCUAGAAGUCCAAAAAAUGGAGUGCUUUGGACUACUUGGCUUGAAUGGAGCAGGGAAAACCACCACCUUCAAAAUGUUGACUGGAGAUGAGACUAUCACCUCUGGGGAUGCUUUCGUUGAAAACUACAGUGUCUACAAGGAUCUCAGAAAGGUGAGAAAUAGAAUCAGCUACUGUCCACAGGUUGAUGCUCUACUGGACUACAUGACAUCAAGGGAAAUGUUAACCAUGUAUGCUAGACUUUGGGGCAUCCCUGAGUCUUAUAUCAACCAAUAUGUGAAGGAAAUGCUGCAGUUGCUACUCUUGGAUGAAUAUGCAGAUAAAAUCACAAUGAACUACAGUUGUGGCACUAAGAAGAAGCUGAGUACUGGUAUUGCCCUACUUGGAAAUCCAUCAGUCAUCUUCCUGGAUGAACCAUCCAGUGGCAUGGAUCCUGUGGCCAGACGUCUAUUUUGGAACAUGAUAAUACAGACCCGUCAAUCUGGGAAGGCCAUUGUCAUAACUUCCCAUAGCAUGGAGGAGUGCAAGGCAUUAUGCACUAGAAUGGCCAUCAUGGUGAAGGGGAGAUUUCAGUGUCUAGGAAGUCUACAGCAUCUCAAGAACAAGUUUAGCAAGGGAUACACCUUAUUAGCCAAGAUUAAGAGUGAUCAUCAGGCGUCUGUGCUGGAAUAUUUUAAGAAAUUCAUCAAGGAGACCUUCCCAGGCAGCACCCUGUUAUUCCGGAAUCAAAGAAUGGUCCGAUUCUGCAUUCCCAUUGAGAAUCUCAGCUGGUCAAAGGUAUUUGGUAUCUUGGAGAAUGCCAAAGAAGAAUUCGAUUUGGAAGACUAUUCCAUCAGUCAGGCCACACUGGAGCAAGUAUUCCUGCAUAUUGCCAAUGCAGAGAUGAUAGCUAAUGAAUAAAGAAAAAGUAUCCACAUAUCCACAGCUGCUGCCUAUAUCUGCUGCAGAGAUGGAAAACAAUUCUACAUUUGUUUCUUGAUAUACAAAUAUAAUAAAGAGUAAUUUUCCUCUUUGAGUGUC